AUGUCCUUCGGCUUUGGGGUUGGCGAUUUCAUCGCGGUUGACGCACCCGAUGAGUUUCGAGAGAUCGCUUUCGAACUGAGUUCAAUCCACAUUGCCAUUUCUGACUUGUCGCAACAAAGCCAGAAUCCCGAAUCGCUUCUCAACCGACGAGGCUCUGAUAGGCGCCCGGAAUGGCUUCAAAUACGUUCCAACCUCGAAGAGACACUCGAUCAACUCAGAAGCCUCGUCAAGACGUAUCACAACAUGGGAAAGAAGGCAUGGCGGCGUGUUCAAUUUGCCGGCGAGAAUCUUGGAGAGUUGAGGGGAAAGUUGAACUUCCAUCUCAAUGUUAUCAAUAUGUUUGUUGGAAGCCUUACACUAUCUGCUUUGGGACGGAUGGAGCCGGUUCUAGGCCAAAUCGAAGUACUGCUUCGCGAGUCUCUUCGCGAGGAGAGAGGGGGCUACAAAGCGCAGACCAUUGUUUCAGCACAUGAAACAAACGAUCCUGUUUCGUGGGAGCAGAUCGAACGAGAUUUGAUAUUAGAGGGUAUCGGAAAAGAAGACUUUGACAAGAACAAAGUCAGAAUUAAGGAGCUGCUCAACUGGGUGGUGAACAACGAAGCCGAUUUAAGGGAGCUGCAGGAGGUGGACGCAGAUGAUUCCGUUUCCCAGCAAGGAUAUGCUGAUAGUUUGGAAGAGGGGAAAGAGACUCAUGGAGAUAGCUCCAGCGGAUCUUUGUCCCCAGGGACCUCUGAGAGGGGAGCUCGUGAAGGAAUGGCUAACCGGAACCCUGUUAGUUCGACAAGCCGUCUGCCAUCAUCUAAGACGAGCUCGGUCCUAGUGGAGCAUUCAGAUGAAGAUAGAGAAAGGAUGCACCGCCUAAGUGAGUCUAAAAGACUAGCCAAAUUAGUCCACAUUGAAGCGCCAGAUUAUGAAGCUGCGGAUAGGGACUUGGGAUCGUCAAGACGGCAUGCAAGUAAACGGCCUUCGAGGGCAAUAAAACCUUCACACCAUCGUGUAGCAAGGGAUAAAGAUACACCUACUGGCAAGAGAACAAUUUUUGCAACGUUGAGGGGACAUAUGAUGAGAAUUACAGGCGAGAGUGAUGCAGGAAAUCAUUCUAUGAAGCCAAGCAAUCAGCGCCGGGACAACGUUGGUCAGGACCGUUCAACUCGGAGAAGGAGAAAAUAUAUUGAUGGACAAUCACAAUUUGCAGCGCUAGAAGCUGUAGAUCCCAAUUGGCGGGAAAGAUGGGGCGACGAUUUGAAGCAAAUGGGCAUCACAGACGACCUAAUUCGUGAUCAUCAGGACUUUGUUGCAGAUUUCAUAAAACAAGAACAAGCUGCCCAAGUUGUGGCUCCGCGGCCAAAUAGUUUUGAGAACCAGAGAGAUAAAAUUUCUCGUGGCCCUCCACCUCCUCCAACACCGCGGCUAAAGAGUGUGGAGAACCGGAGAGAUAACGCUUCUCGUGGCCCUCCACCCCCUCUACCCCCUCUGGCAUCGCCGCCAAAUAGUUUUGAGAACCAGAGAGAUAAAAAGUUUCGUGUCCCUCCACCUUUUCCAGCAACGCGCCCUCCACCUCUCCCGCCUCCCGCCUCCCGCUCGAAGGUAUUACCCCGAAUACGUGCACCACAAGUUAUUGCAAGCCACGAAGACCAUGUUGGAAGAGCAAACGAGGAGGAAUAG